CGUACUUUUAUUUUGUAAUCUGGUCAGGUGGAAGCGGAAAUACAUGCCGGCGGUUUGCGCCUGUACUGCAGUGUGUGUAGUUUAAAAUCUAUUCAUGUGGUCACUUUUAGGGAAAUUAAUUUCAUAUGCAUGUCUCCAUAAUGCCGUCUGAAAACCUGCGAUGGGAUACUUUAGAUGCUUUGAAAAACUCUACGAAGGGAAAACUGAAAUACAGCUCAGACUGGCUGGAGAAGGAAGAGGAUGUCCUGGCAGGCUUUACUGAGAUCUCAAGUCUGUCGCCUCUAUCAGGACAGAUUCUAAAGAAACUGACUCCUCGACCCCGAGUGAAAACCUGCUCUCUGAUCUCCUCUGUUCGGGAUACGAGUCCAUCUUUUUCUGAAGAUGUUGCUAUCUUCGGUUCUGUUCCCAUCAGCCCCAGGCCGAUCUCAUCUCCAAUCUCUCCAAUAGCAGCCUCCGUCCUUGGAGAGGAAGAUGAAGAAAAGGACAAAGAGGGGACACAAGGAGAAAUAGAAGAUGUUCAUGCCGUGGGUGUCAGUUCUGCAGUAAGCGUCAGCUCCCCUCCAGCGAUGUCCGUCCUGUCGCCCAGAGCCACACAGGUGGCGGGCUGCAUCCUUAUGUGUGAAGAGAAACACAGAGCCAGAGCAAAGGCGGAGCUAAAUCUCAGGCAGGAACAGCAGGAGCAUCUUGUGGCGACAGUGGCCGGCCGAGGGUCUGAACAGCUAAAGCGUUUUGAUGAGUUGAUGGCGCUCAAGCAGAGGCAGGAGCGUCAGAGCAUUAGGGACAUGAUGGAGAAAGAGACCCAGGAGAGUCUUGGCCGUCAAGAGAAACUGCGAGAGGAGCAUAGACACAGAAUGAAGAUUCAGAACCUGCGUCUGCGGGAGGCGGAGCAGCAGCGUCUGCGGGAGGCGGAGCUUGAGCGCCAGAGGCAGACGGAGGGCAGAGAGAGACUUAGAACGCUCAAUGACAUUCAAGAAAAAGUGCUACAGCUCAAUCAGAAAUUACAACCAGCUCCGGCCACACAGACAGGUCCCAUCCCUAACCACGCCUCCUACAUCACCAGCGGUAACCAGCUCUGCUCACAGGUGUCAGAGGUGGUGCGGACCACCACAGAGGGUGAGUACCCCAGCGUGGUGGACAUGGCGGUGGCAGAACAAGCGCUGCAGGCCAUGAUGACACUGGUCGGAGAUCUGCAGGACGAGAAGGCGCAGGAUGCUGAGAGGAGGAGGAAGGAAGAUGAGGAAGAGGAGAAGAGGAAGAAGCAGGCUGAGCUGGAAGCCCAGCUGGAGGAGCAGAGGAAGAAGACUGCAGCGCUGUCCGCUAAAGAGAAGACCAGACGUGAAGGCCUGCAGAUGAGAGCAGACAACAGCACUUUAGUAUGGUGCAUCGGGCUGCAGGACUUUGCAAAACAGUGUGCUGAGUCUUUUGAAGAGCUCAACAGUAAAGACAAGCAGACAAAGAAUUUAAAAAUGGAUCUUCAGAAGGCUGCAACGAUACCUGUGAGCCAGAUCGGAUCUACAUCAGGCUCUCAGCUGAAGGAGAUCUUUGAGAAGAUUGACAAGCUGCUGUCGGGACGCACGGUGAUGUCCGGUGGAAAGACAGUGUGUGCAUCCCAUCAUCGAUGUGGGCAAGAUUUUAUCAACUAUAAACUGGCAGAAAAGUUUGUGAAACAAGGAGAGGAGGAGGUGGCAUCCAAUCAUUUAGCGGCGUUUCCCAUUGCUGUCGUGGCGUCGGGCGUGUGGGAGCUUCAUCCUAAUGUAGGAGAGCUCAUACUCGCUCACCUGCAUAAGAUGUGUCCGUAUUCUGUCCCAUACUAUCCACCCAAGCAAGAGGGCAUGUCUGUGGAGGAACACCGGAGGAUCCUGGGAUAUCGCGUGGAAGACUCUAAAGUUGAAGAGCAGGAUAGUUUUUUAAAGAGGAUGUCGGGAAUGAUUCGUCUUUAUGCGGCAAUCAUCCAGUCGAGAUGGCCUCAUACUAACAAACAAGGGUCUCAUCCGCAUGGGUUGAAUCAUGGCUGGCGCUGGCUGGCACAGACACUUAAUAUGGAGCCGAUUGCUGAUGUCACCGCAACAAUGCUCUUUGACUUCCUGGAGGUUUGUGGAAAUGCUCUAAUGAGGCAAUAUCGAAACCAGUUCUGGAAGCUGUUAUUGCUCAUCAAGGAGGAAUACUUUCCAAGAAUUGAAGCAAUCACAAAGUCCGGUCAGAUGGGCUCUGUCACCAGACUCAAGCAGUUUCUAGAGAAUUCUUUGAGAACCAAGCAGAUUUCUCCACCCACUGGCCAGUUGGAUCAUGGCUUCUGGAGGUCCUGACCCUUUUGAUAUCAACCAAUCACAUGCAACAAUGUGUCUGUGCUACGCCGAAGAGCUAAACCUUGCUGCUGCCCAAUGGAUUAAAUGUGCGCCUGCACGAGAGUUGAGGCAUUUUGCAUUAACGUUCAUUUUUAUUUUAUUUUAUCAUCGCUACCAUUCAAAUAAGUAUGCUCUGCUGUUUUUAAAAUGUCUAACUGUCUUUCAUGUAACCAAUGUAUCCAUCCCGUCUCAAGGUCAUGAAAAUCACUGCACAAAGAUGAUGUAUGUCACAUUAUGUAUAGUUGUAAUGUAUUGUAUAAAAAUUAAACAAGCACGCCAAGUGCCAAACACA